AUGCCGCACAAACACAAGCGGAAAGCCGACAGCGACGAGUCGCACUAUGACCUUCCGCCCUCAUCGCGCGCCGCACCUCUCCCGGCCGGUAAAGCUCGCGCGCCGAACCCAGCACCACGGAACAAGAAGCGCAAAGUGAAGAAUGUAGACGGCUAUGGCGCGGACGAUACACCUAAAGCCUUCGCACGGCUCAUGGCAUUCAAGACUACAGGCAAACGACGUUCGGCCCUCGAUGAUGGCGCUCCCAAGCCCAAGAAACAGAAACAACAGCAGCGGAAAGCCGCAGAAGAAGCCGAGCAGGAAGCGACCUCGAAUAGUGAGAUUCAACCGCACGCAGAGCUGAAGAUCAUGCCCGGCGAAAAGCUCUCCGAAUUCCGGCAGCGUGUCAAUGCGGCCCUACCGCUUACCAGCAUAUCGCGCAACACCAAGAAAUUCGCGGGCCUCAGCGACCACAGAGUCACAAAACACGAGCGCAGGCUGAAGAAGCUGCAGGAGGGCUGGCGCAAGGAAGAAGCACGGUUGCGCGAGAAAGAGCAGGAAGAGCGCGAGUUGGCGGAGGAAGAAGACGACGAGAUCAACGACUUGUGGGAGGACAGGACUGCCGAUGUCUCUACCAUCACCGGCAACAAGGGCAAAAAGAAGAAAGGGAAGCGGAAGCUCGUGGUUGGGGAGGUUGACGAUGGACGGAUCGACGAGUGGGAAGACCUGAAGAAGAGGAGGCAAGAGAGGAAGGGAUUACAUGAUGUCGUGCAAGCGCCGCCGACCUUUGAAAGAGUACCGAGGGAGAUAUUUAAGGUAAAAGAGGGGGCGAGAGUCAAUGUGGGGAACGUGCCAAAUGCUGUAGGCAGUUUGCGAAAGAGGGAAGAAUUGGGAGUCGAGAGGCAGGGCAUAAUUGAGACGUAUAGGCAGCUGAUGGCUGCGAAGAGGGAAGGAUAG